AUGAAUCGAAUCGUGUUUCGUCGUUUUAUAUUCGUUUGGAUGGUUUUGCAUAGCAUUGCUUGUGGAUUUGUGAUAUAUUCAGCAUUUAGUACAAUAAUUAAACAAAAACGUGGACUACCAGAGACUAUGGCUGUAACUAUUUUAAAAGAACAUUUCAAUUCAAGUUUUAAGCCAGAAGUUUUAUUCCUUCAUACUGAUAUUAUUGCUCUAGAACUACUUCGUUCGCGUGAAAGACGCCACACCAUUGAACAACGUUUUAAAAUGCAUGAGCUGCUGUAUGCUAGUAGUAAAGGAAAAGAUGGCACACAUUUCGAUGCGAAGCCAUCCUAUUCACUUGAACGCAAAACACUUUCUUUUCUCAAUUAUGAGCUGAGCCCAAUGAAACAUAAGAUGACAGCAGUACUUCCUGCUACACUUGAACACUUUGAUCUGCUUUCGAACUUCGCUGUCUCUUGCAAAAUGACGAAUCCAAAUAUUAGUUCAUUGUUCGACGUUAUUUGGAUAGUUGUCCCAGAUAUGCAUUAUACUAAAAUAUACGAGUCAUUAUUGAGGACUGAUUCUCUUCAUCCUGUCAUGCGUGUUGUGUGUGAAUCAUGGGUUCUACCAGAACAAAAAAUGUUUCAGGCCUAUAAUCCAUGGUUAGUACAGCAAGACAUUAAACUGGCGAUUUCAGCUUUCAUUCGUACAGAUUAUUACUUAUGUUUCGAUGCUGAUGUCAUGUGUGGACGUGAAUUGCACUAUGAAGAUUUAUUUGCUACAGACGGCCGAGCGAGGACAAGCGAGGAGAGAGCGCUAAGCUUCUUUGCAUUCACAAGUGGAAAUUUAAAUAAAACAUGCACAAAUGUGAAACUUCCUCCGCCGAUAGUAAAAAACAACACAAGAAUGAUGGCUUUCACCCCACUAGCCGUUCACACUCAUAUCUUAUUUAGCCUGGCUAGUUUUCUCGAAAACCGAGAAGGUGAGCCAUGGCUACAAUAUUUGAUUCGGCUUCACAUAAAAAAUAAAAAAUGGACAGAGUAUACGCUUUAUUGGGCUUAUGCAAUCUUCAUCCGGGCAUAUCACCGUUUCCACUACCCAAUAAGCACUAAAGAAUUUUGUGGUACCUUACCCGCCAAAAGCGGCUUUGCAUAUAAAUGGUUUUCACAGUUAAAUCAUACAAAUAGACCGCCAUUCGUUGGUGUGAACGACCACGACAAAUCUAUAGACAUAGUACGAUUAUCUGCUGAAUUGCGAACCGCAUUGUUGAAAUCGCCAUAA